GUGACACAGCUAAAAAUUUAAGUCCCAUUCUUCUUAUUUCACACAGCUGUCCUCACAGCUUUCUUCUAGGGGAGAGAGAUAAGAGAGAUUUUGUAGCUAAUCAACGACGAUGGAGGUUGCUUUCUCUUUUUCGCCGCCGACGACGAAAUCCAUGGACGAUGAACAACGCUUAACGGAGAUGUCGAUGAAGUUGAGCGAGGAUUUCACCAAUAAGCUGGGAUUUUCAGAAGAGGGUGAAGAAACGAAACUUGAGAGAUCUUGGAGCAAACUCGAAGAUUCCGUCGAGUUCGACGAUGAAGAGGAAGCAGGUGAUGGAGAAGAGGAAGAGGAAGAGGAAGAGGAAGAAGAAGAAGAGUUCUCGUUUGCUUGUGUAAACGCGGAAGGAUCUCCGAUAACCGCCGAAGAAGCUUUCGAGGAUGGUCAGAUCCGUCCUGUCUUCCCUCUCUUCAACCGCGAUCUCCUCCUCUUUGACCAAAACGACGUCGUUUCGGCGACCGACGACAGCGACAGCGAGAGCGUCCGGCCGCGUCUUAGAAAAGUGUUCGUGGAGGACGGCGAGGGUAAGAAAGCAGAGGAGGGUUCUUUAGUGGGAGCGCACUGCUCGUGGUCGAGUGGAACGGUCGCGGAAGCGUCGCAGACUUGCCGGAAGAGCAACUCGACGGGAUUCUCGAAGCUCUGGAGAUUUAGGGAUCUCGUCUUGAGAAGCAACAGCGACGGAAGAGACGCGUUUGUUUUCUUGAACAGUAACGCCGCCGUCGGUGACAAGACUCAGUCUUCUUCUUCGAGGCCGGCGAAAUUGACCAGCGAGGAUGAGAAAAAGUCAACAAAGACGAAGAAAGGGAAAGAGAAAACGACGUCGUCGGCGUCGGCAAAGAAGACUAAAUCAGCGCACGAGAAACUCUACAUGAGGAACAGAGCGUUGAAGGAAGAGGUGAAACACAGAUCGUAUCUUCCGUACAAGCAAGUUGGGUUCUUCACUAAUGUGAAUGGCCUUAGCAGAAACAUCCAUCCUUUCUGACAAAAUUCGUCAGAAUUUUAAUAUUUUUUUCUUUAAAAAAAUUAAAACUGAAAAUUUUAGGUUUGUUGGAUGUUUUGUUUUUUUUUUUUGGUUUGAUUGGAGAAAAAAAUGAAAUUACUCUUCUUAUGGGUCCCUUCUGUUUGGUAGAUUGGUUUAAUUGAUAGCAGAAAGGUGUACCGUUUUCUCUUCACUGUUAUAUGUGUACUGUGAAGAAGAGCUUGGCUUGUAUUAAACCAUUUUGUAACUAAAUAAAUAUGUAACUAGUUAUACUUGGUUAGUUAUCUUCA